AUGACCAACACUUUCUCCCAGUUAAUACAACAGUACAAAGCACUAUUAAAGAAAAACAUAUUAAUCUCGUGUCGAAGCAAGACAUCUAUCCUUCUCCAGAUGCUCUCACCGGUCAUAUUCAUUUUCCUAAUAUCCGCCAUAGACAAAGCAAUCGAAGUACAAACCUCAACAACUACGCAGUAUAAGUCCACAAUACAUCCUUCGCCAAAACCUUCACCACCAAUCCCACCUUGUGAAAACAAAUUCUUUGUUAAAGAGCCUUGCUAUGAUUUUAUCUGGAGCGGUGAUACUAACCCAAAGUUUCACACCAUCGUGGAGCGUAUCAUGAAUAAUAACCCUGGUAGACCCAUACCUAUCUCUAAGGUUAAGUCAUUUCAUGAUAAAGCACUAGUUGAUCAGUGGUUUCUUAAUAAUCCUAUGCAAUGUCCCGGUGCAAUUCAUUUUUGGGAAAAGUAUGAUGGUGUUAUCAGUUAUGGGAUUCAGACUAAUUCCAGUAGUGUUCAGAAGCGCGGGAAAUAUGAAGAUCCUAAUUUUUCUUUUCAACUUCCACUUCAGCUUGCUGCUGAACGGGAAAUCGCCAGAUUUCUUAUUGGAGACCCAAGCUUCAAGUGGAAUGUGUUUUUGAAGGAAUUUGCGCACCCAGCCAUGAGUCCUCCCUCUGCUGUUGGAUCAAUCGGUCCAGUAUUUUUUCUUGCAAUUGCUAUGUUUAAUUUUGUUCUUCAGAUGAGUUCUUUGGUCGCAGAGAAAGAGCUCAAACUUCGCCAGGCAAUGACAGUGAUGGGGCUUUACGACUCUGCAUACUGGUUAUCAUGGCUAACCUGGGAAACAGUUGUUACACUCCUAUCAUCUAUUCUCGUAGUUCUCUGUGGCAUGAUUUUUCAGCUUCGUUUCUUUUUGAAAAACAGUUUCGCUGUUCUGUUCUUUUUGUUCUUCCUAUUUGAAUUUAACAUGACUGGGUUGGCCUUCAUGUUAUCGGCUUUUAUUGGAAAAUCAUCGUCGGCAACAACAGUCGGCUUCUCCAUAUUUAUUGUCGGCUAUGUGACUCAGCUCGUGGUGCAAGUAGGAUUUCCUUACAAUUAUAUCUUCUCUGUUACUGUCCGAAAAUUAUGGUCAUUGUUUCCGCCUAAUCCUUUUGCUCAAGGCUUGCGUGUGCUUUCACAUGCCGUCUCAACCCCUGAAGAUAACGGUGUUAGCUGGAGUAAACGGGGAUCAUGCGCCACUAACGACAACAACUGUGUGAUGACAAUUAAUGAUAUUUAUAAAUGGCUUCUGGCCACAUCCUUUCUGUGGUUCAUUCUAGCCAUCUAUUUUGACAAUAUAAUCCCAAAUGCAAUGGGUGUGAGGAAAUCUAUGUUAUACUUUCUAAAUCCUCGUUAUUGGACGGGAAACGGAGGACAAAAAGUGAAAGAGGGUGGGGUUUGUAGUUGCAUAUUUUCAACCAGACAUGAAGAGAAUAGUAUGCCAGAUGAUGACGAUGUCCUUGAAGAAGAAAACGUUGUGAAACAGCGACUAACACAAGGCGUGGUUGAUGCAAACGUUGCUGUUCAGUUACAUGGCAUCGUGAAGACUUAUCCCGGUACAUAUAACAUUGGUUUGUGCUGUAAAUGUAAAAGAAGUGCUCCUUACCAUGCUCUUAAGGGCUUGUGGUUGAACUUUACAAAGGAUCAGUUAUUUUGUCUUUUAGGACCGAAUGGAGCUGGAAAGACUACAGUUAUUAAUUGUUUGACAGGGAUAACUCCAGUAACAGAUGGAGAUGCAUUGAUUUAUGGACAUUCUAUCCGUAGCUCCACUGGCAUGUCAAACAUUCAAAAGCUUAUAGGAGUGUGUCCCCAGUUUGAUAUCCUAUGGGAUGCACUCUCUGGUGAAGAACACCUCGAACUCUUUGCUAGUAUCAAAGGCCUGUCCCCAGCAUCUGUAAAAUCAAUUACUCAGACAUCAUUGGCAGAGGUGAGACUCAUGGAUGCAGCCAAAGUAAGAUCUGGAAGUUACAGUGGAGGAAUGAAACGCCGUCUCAGUGUUGCAAUUGCCCUUAUCGGUGACCCUAAAUUAGUUAUUUUGGAUGAACCGACUACCGGUAUGGAUGCAAUAACAAGGAGGCAUGUGUGGGACAUCAUCCAAAGUGCAAAAAGAGGGCGUGCCAUUGUUCUUACAACACAUUCUAUGGAAGAAGCAGACAUUCUAAGUGACCGCAUAGGAAUCAUGGCAAAGGGAAAGCUCCGAUGCAUUGGUACCUCAAUCAGAUUGAAGUCACGCUUCGGUACUGGUUUUAUUGCUAAUAUUAACUUCUAUAGAAACAAUAAUGAAAAGAUUCCUGAAAAUGGUGAUGCAAUAUCUACAAGACAGCAUGAAGCUGUGAAACAAUUCUUUAAGAAUCGUUUAGAUUUAGUACCAAAAGAGGAGAAUAAAAACUUUCUAACUUAUGUGAUUCCUCAUGAAAGAGAGGCACUCCUUACAGAUUUUUUUACAGAGCUCCAAGAUAGAGAAAAAGAAUUUGGCAUAUCUGACAUCCAGCUUGGUCUAACAACUCUUGAAGAAGUUUUCUUGAAUAUUGCAAAACAAGCAAAGCUAGAAAGUGCUGCAGCUGAAGGGAGCUUAGUGACUUUGACCUUGAAAUCUGGAGAGUCUGUGCAGAUUCCAGUAGGAGCUAUGAUUGUGGGAAUUCCUGGAUCAGAGUCUGCUGAAUAUCCCACAGGGUUUAUGGUACAAGUACACUGGGAGCAAGAUGACACUGGCGCUCUUUGCAUCGCUGGCCACUCGCAGAAAGCUCCUGUUCCUCAAAAGAUCCAACUACCAUCGUCUCCUACUGCAAGACAACGCCGGUCAGCGUUAGUCCACGGGGUUGUGAUUGAUCCAAGUCAAGUUAGUUUAGUCAAUUUUCAGUAA